UUGACGUCAAAGUGCACCAACACAUCAUGGAGUUCACAUCAGCCUGCCUGGUGAUCUCAGCCACUCUGAGCAUCCUGCCAGACAGAUCCCAGUUUUUCCGGUAUGAAUCCUUCUCUUUGAGCUGUUCGGUGCCUGACAACUCCAGCGACUGGAAGGUGUUGAGGAACACUUCCUCUAAGAACUUUGUUCAAUGUGGGGACAAUUGGGGUCAACCAAAUGGCUUCAUGUGCAACAACAGCAACAUUUACGCCUCCGACACUGGACAGUACUGGUGCCAGUCCAAGAAGGGCGAGUGCAGCAACGUCCUCAACGUCACUGUGCACACUAACGUUGUGAUCUUGGAGAGUCCUGCAUUACCUGUGAUGGAGGGAAGCAAAGUGACACUUCGCUGUUCCUACAAGGAAAGAUAUGACCAGGAUUCUUCAUCUGGUUUCAAUGCUUCAUUCUACAAAAAUGACGUUUUUCAGGGAAAUCACACUGGAGAGAUGGUCCUUCCAGUUGUGUCCAAGUCCCACGAAGGGUCCUACAAAUGUGGACACCCAGUAAAGGGAGUGUCACCAUCAAGCUGGCUGACUGUGAGAGUCAAAGCUAAGCGUACAACCACCUCUGCCACGCCCACUCAUCCUCCUGGGAUAACUCCUAUCAAUCUGGUGUCUUUCAUCCUGCUGUUCAUCCUCUACACUGUCAUACUCAUACUGUGUGUCUACGUGAUGAGAAAGCUGGCUCAAGCUCGAGCUAAAUACAGAGUUUCUCGUGGGCUGAAAUGAUGAGAGGAACAACAACAUUUUACUCUGAAGAAGACAAUCAUCUUUUUUUAAAAAAAAUACAUAUUUAGUAUGACAUUAACUUCUUCUUAUAAUCACUUUGCUGGCACAGCGUGAUGCAUUCAUGACAUAAGAUGCUUCAAACUGAUAUAAAGAUGUCACCUAUUUGAUAAGCUUGACUUAAACAUUAUGCUACUUGCAUUUGUUAUUCUAAUGUUACAGUGUUAAUCUCUGCUAUUGCUUAAUAAAGAUGUUGACUUGGUUGUCUGUA